AUGGAAGGAGAAUCGCUCACGUUACUAGGGUUCUGGGCUAGUCCAUUUGCCCUCAGGGUUAAGUGGGCUCUUGAACUGAAAGGGAUUCAGUACCAAUAUGUGGAAGAAGAUCUCAUCAACAAGAGUGCCAUGCUACUGCAGUAUAACCCUGUCUACAAGAAAAUACCGGUUCUUGUUCAUGACGGCAAGCCCCUGGCAGAAUCACUAGUGAUUCUUGAAUAUAUUGACGAGACCUGGAAGCAAAAUCCUCUUCUUCCACAUGAACCUUAUGAAAGGGCCAAAGCACGAUUCUGGUCCACUUUCGUUGAUGAAAAGUGUGUGCCAGCUUUUAUGGCCACCUUUUCCAAAGGAGGGGAGGAACAACAGAAGGCAGCACCAGAAGCUCGAGAGAAUCUAAAGACCCUUGAAGGUGGACUCGAAGGAAAACGCUACUUUGGAGGUGAAAAAAUAGGCUUUGCUGAUAUUGCUAUCGGCUGGCUUGGAAUCUGGGUUCGAAUAGUGGAGGAAAUUGUGGGCAUAAACCUAAUUGAUAAAGAGUCAAAGCUUAAUGCUUGGUUCGACGAUUUUCUUGACUAUCCUGGUAUCAAAGAAUGUGUGCCGCCCCGUGAUAAACUACUAAACCACAACAAGGCCUUCCACGAAGCCUUGACAUCUUCCUCCACCUGAAAGCCUAGCCAUCAAUAUCAUGCAAUAUGCGUUGCUUAGCCCAUGCUUGAUCUUUCUUUAUGAUAUAUGAGUUGCGUAUUGCAAUAAAUAAUCAUGGACCAGAGCUCAUGGUCAACCUAUCAUGUUGUAGAAACGCGGAAAACUACUAGUGAAGUAAUCUACCUUAUAUUACCAUAUUAUGCGUUGCUGUCAAUGUUUAAAUCAAGGAAACACCUUGAAUGAUAUUUAAC